AUGGAGAGCUCCCAUCCGCCCAAACGACGCUUUGCCCCCGUGCCCAUCGAGACUACCUUCCAGUCGAACCGGAACCGUAGCUUGCAUGGCAGUCACCCAGGCGGUCCGGUCCCCGAACCGACGCCUGAGCCUUCCCCUCUAUCCACCUCGCCUCUGAUGCCCAUGCCACAAGUGUCCGAGAGGCGCCGGUUCAAACCUCAACUGAUUGAGACAUCGCGAAGGGCCAGGCGAGUGGGAGACCCCGCCCCAGCUACCAGGCCAACCGACAAGACCGACAUCACCCCGUACACCAACCACAUCUACGUAGCCAAGACGAAAGCCAGGAGGAAAAAUGGCGGCGACUCGUGGGAUGACGAGCCCAUCCGCCACCCUCCCCCAACCCGGAGGGAGUCCGAGGACGAAGGCGUCAAGCAGUACCUCCUCGACAUUGCCGCAAAGGAAGCAGCCAGGCAAAUGGAAGAGGUUGCCUUGGCCGCCUUUCCCAACAGCCGGGCCCGUGAGGGCGGCGUCGCGCACUUUUACUUUCGAGAGGGUUCGGACAGCGACAACUCGGCGGAAUAUACGCCCCAGCAUCAACAAGAUGGUGUCCAGCCCAGAGUGCGCAGGAAGUCGUCCAACCUGGGGUUGAACUGGUGGCACAAGCAUAUGCAAAACUAUGCCGAGAAGAGGGCACAUGACCAAGGGGAACAAGGCUCGGAGCUGGGUAUGGAAGACGAGGACGUCGCCCUUGUGCGGACAGAUUCCGAUCUGGACAAGAUGGACCUACCCAUGCCUCCCGACCCGUUGUGGACAACGACCAAUAGGAUCGCCCCCGAGGAGAGGAGAGAGAGAAGAGAUUCCGUGGCCCAGCUACAGGAUCUGAGGAGCUCGCUGACACCCUUUGCACGGCCCGAGUCCGGCAUCGUCACAGCAGACGACAGGAGUCGUCAAUACGGGGAUGCGGCUGCGGUUGCGGUUGCGGCCGAUCGUGGUGCUGGAGAAGGACCCGGCGCAGGUUUCGGCCGGCCCUUUGGUGCUUUUGGACUGCAGCCGGACAAUCUCCAGCUGCAUCGGAUGCGGCAAGCCGCGUCGCCUCCGAUGCUUGGCAAGGAUCUGAAGUUCCGGCGGUGCCCCUCGCCGAAGCAAACGAAACUGGAGACGGACCAUCCAUUCAUCUACCGCCAAGUGUACGAGGAACACAACCGCGACACCACCGGCCAGGGCGGUCUGUGGAGGGGAUACUGCUGCCGGAGCGAAUCCAGCAAUGACUACGUCGUGCCGGCCGAUCUGCACGGCGCCAACAUGCUCGUCACGCCUUACCCGCCGGGGAGCCCCCGCGGCGCCGCCGGCCACGACUCGCGCUCCAUGAGCGAGGAACCGGAAUCCACGCUCACCUCCUCCAACUCGUCGGAAAGCUUGAGCGCGGCGAGCCCGACCAAGACCGCCGACCACCAGCGAGCCAGAAACGGCCCGUCAAGGGGCCUGCACAUGCUGCACGGCCUGGACGGCCGGCUCCGCCGCGAAAAGGCGCAGGUGGAGCGGGACGAGAAGAUUGCAUCCGAGUUUGACGACUACUUCAUCACCCAGGUGUACAAUUACCUGUCGCUAGGGUACCCCGCCACCGCUCGCUCCUUUGACGAGGAGCUUUCCAAGAUCAGCCGCGUGUCGGUCGAGGAGCUCUGCCGGGAUGACGAGAAGCAAAUGGCCAAGGGGCACAUGUUCGACAUGGACCUGCGGCAGGCGUCGGGGAGCGCGCGAUGCCCCAGAUGGAGGGCGUUGAGGAGCUACAUUACCGAGUGGGCGAGGCAGCAUCCCGAUCUCGACAACCUCGAUCCUCUGGCCUGGGGAGUGCGAGAGCGCCGGGGCAGCUGGGCCAUCUAG